CUACUAGGCUACUUUUUAGAUCAGACUUGCAGAUUCAGUGUCUCUUUUUAAAUCCCUGCUGAAGACAAGACUUUUAUGAAGAGGCUUUUAAUGUAUGAUUUUAAUUAGCUAUUUUUUUCAUUCUCCUUCCUCCUGUCUUUGUUAGUAUUUUUAUUUUAUGAUAUGAAGCACUUUUACCUGUAUUGACAGCAAACUCCAUUGUGUUCUUGUGGACCUUCAAGGCUUCAUACAUUUUUUGGUAUCCUUCCCCAGAUCUGUGCCUUGGCACAAUCCUGUCUCGGAGCUCUACGGACAAUUAUUUCGACCUCAAGGCUUUGUUUUUGCUCUGACAUGCACUGUCAACUGUGGGACCUUAUAUACACAAGUGUGUGCCUUUCCAAAUCAUGUACAAACAAUUGAAUUUACUACAGGUGGACUCCAAUCAAGUUGUAGAAGCAUCUCGAGGAUGAUCAAUGGAAACAACACGCUGAAUACUUAUGUAAAUAAGGUAUUCGUUUUUUUUUUUUUAUACACUUGCAAACAUUUCUAAAAAACUGUUGUUGCUUUGUCAUUAUGGGGUGUUGUGUGUAGAUUGCUGAGGAGAUAAAAAAUAUAUAUUUUAGAAUAAGGCUAACGAAACAAAAUGUGGAAAAAGUUAAGGGGUCUGAAUACUUUCCUAUGCGCUGUAGUGUCAUAGAUUUACAUACAGAAUAAUAUGAAAUGCUCUGAGACCAGGUUGCUAUUGAAAAGCACAAUAGAAAUAAAGUUAACUACAUUGUAUCCUCGAGCUACAUCUAUUGUUACAAAAUGUUAAUUGUGACACCUCUGAUUAUGACCUUAUGACCCAGAACUGCGUUGCCAUGGAAACGGGUGCGCAUUGCUAUGAAGGUUCGUGCUCGCGCCCCUGUCAAAAGAAGAUACCAAUAGCAAGUUAGCUUGUCAGCUGGGCUAGCUAAAUACCACUUGUAGCCUACAAAAAGGUAAUUAAGAAUGCAAGGGCAACUGAUUAAUUUGUCAAUUAUUGAACAGCUAAUAAGGAAUUUCUUAACUUUUAGCUUUUGCCUUUGGCCAAUUUUAUUAUUUUUCUGGUCUUUAUUAAAGCAAGGGUGAUACAGUAGCUAACUAGCUAACGUUAUUUAACUAGCUAAAAAUGCAAAUUUUUCUAAAUGAAUAUGAAAUAUCCAAGCCUAUAGUAGCUAGUUAACUUCUAGCUAACUUUGGAGAACAUUAUUUUUGCAUGUAAUGAAUGCUUGUCAUGUCAAUGAUGGAUAACAAUUCAACAUCAACGUUGAGUAUUGAACAUUUCCAGAUUAUUGGUCUAUGUGAAAAAUGCUAACCUGUAUGUAUGGUUUCCGUAGAUUGAACCAACCGGUUCAUGACAUUACAGCGCAGUCAGUCAUGUCCAGACUACAUCACCUGUAUGGCCUAUUGAGGUACCUAAUGAUGUUACUCAGUGGCAUCAUAUUUGUGAGUGGCCUUGUGCUGUUUGGCCUAGGUGUGUGGAUCAGGUACGGAGCGGCCACCUUUGUCCAGGUGAUGGGUUCUUUCUCGGCACAGCUGGUGACCAUCAGCUAUGUGUGUAUGUGCCUGGGGGCCAUCCUGUCUCUGCUGGGGUUCAUUGGUUGCUACGGGGCCUGGAGCGAGAACCGCUGCCUCAUCAUGCUGUAUUUCUUCAUCGUGUCAAUGAUGUUUACAGCUGAGGUUACUGGGGUUAUUUUCAUCUUGGUGUACAAAGAUCUGGUGGAGGUUACGAUUCGUGGAGCUAGUAAGGACUCUUUGCGGAUGUCCUAUAUGGGACCAACGGCUGCAGACCCCAUAUCAACAGCCUGGAACACCAUCAUGGUCCAUUACAAGUGCUGUGGCUUUGACAACUCCACGGCUGACUUCAAGAACUCCGUGUUCAGUGCUAACACUGGCCUGUUGUACCCCAAGACGUGCUGUGUUGACCUGACGAGCAGCGCCUGCGACGGCCUCGACACCACCCAGGGCCUGAUACACCCAAAGAGCUGCAUUACCAAACUGAUCAAUGUGAUCCAGGACCAGAGCGUCAUCUUUGGCUCCACCGCUUCUGGCAUCUGUGUCAUGGAGUUGGCGUCCAUGAUGGUGUCAGUAGUGUUGUUCGUCAGACUAGGCAACACCUAUUAUUAGACCAGCAGCAACACAGAGCCUGACCCAGGCAUGGUAGGCCAACCAGGCCAGAGACAACACCAUAAUAAAUUAGACUUGCAGAUGAAGCCUCCUUGUCAGUAGACUGUGGUUAUUGUGGUGUUUGGGACUUCUUAGGGUUUAUGGUAGAUGUGGGAGGGUGGG